AUGGAUUCCAUCCGCAAAGCAGGGGUUGUAUUUACAAUUCAUAACCUUGAAUUUGGAGCUCAUUUCAUCGGAAAAGCAAUAGCAUUCGCAGACAAGGCUACAACCGUCUCCCCAACUUAUUCUCUGGAGGUUUCUGGAAAUCCUAUAAUUUCUCCUCAUCUGCACAAGUUUCAGGGUAUUAUAAACGGAAUUGACCCAGAUAUAUGGGACCCAUUUAACGAUGAGUUGAUUCCUAUAUCAUACACAUCCAAAAAUGUUAUCGAAGGUAAAAAGGCUGCCAAGAAAGCCUUGCAACAAAAGCUUGGUUUGAGAAUAGCUGAUCUUCCUUUGCUGGGAAUUAUUUCUCGAUUGACUCAUCAAAAAGGAAUCCAUCUUAUCAAGCAUGCUAUAUCUCGCACCCUAGAGCGUGGUGGACAGGUUGUGUUACUUGGCUCAGCUCCAGAUCCUUGUAUUCAAAAUGAUUUUCAAAAUUUGGCCAAUCAAUUGCAUUCUCUCCAUCAUGAUCGUGCUAAGCUUUGUCUUGUAUACGAUGAGGCCCUAUCACACUUGAUAUAUGCUGGAGCUGAUUUCAUUGCUGUUCCUUCAAUCUUUGAGCCAUGUGGUCUAACACAACUCGUAGCAAUGAGAUAUGGUUCAAUACCUAUUGUUCGAAAAACUGGAGGACUAUGCGACACUGUAUUUGACGUUGAUCAUGACAAGGCUAGAGCACAGGCACAAGGACUGAAACCGAAUGGGUUUAGUUUUGAUGGAGCUGAUGCUACUGGUGUUGAUUAUGCCUUCAAUAGGGCAAUAUCAACAUGGUACGAGGAUCGUGAUCGAUUUAACAACUUAUGCAAGACAGUGAUGGAACAAGACUGGUCCUGGAAUCGACCUGCUCUGGAUUAUUUGGAGCUUUACCAUGUUGCACGCAAGGCGUCAACUUCUGUUCCCAUGCCUUCUAACAAACCAUCUUUAGUGCCUUCAACCCCUAGUCCAAGAAGUUCUGAAAUCAGUAAUCCUAUGAGAAGUCCAAGAAGUUCCGAAAUCAAUAACCCUAUGAGAAGGAGUUUUACUGGAAACCCCUUCACCAAACCCUCAAUAGUCCCAAAUCAUGGAGCCAAAACUCCCGCCAACAGCCCUUUAGAUUUUUCGAGAAGAGGCUCUGUUGGGAUUCGGGACAGCGGAGGGUCGUUGAGGGACUCCUUGGAUGAUAAAGAAAAUGGUAAAGAUCAAAUUUUGAAAUCGGUUAAGGUUCGAUCGCCAGCUAUUUGCUCAAAGGGCUCAAAGAAUUUUAUGUCUCCAACCAUUUCUGCUUCCUGCAAGAUCAACGAGUCUCCCAGAAAGAAAGUUCUAACUGAGCGGAAUGAGAUGGUUCCAAGUCCCGUGGACCUGAAAAGCCACGUCCGCAAGGUAACUUUCGCUGAGCCCUUGGAGGAAGACCCCAGAUCUUCCUUGACAAGUGAGGAUUUGAGGAGUGAGAGUGAAACUCAUUGUUUGAAUAUUCCUUUGAUGUUAAAGAAUGAUACAGAUUCAUCUUUUGAAAGUAUCAAUAGCUUUGAUGUGAAUGAUCCUUUGGUUCUGGAGGAUGAAAUUCACACUGAACCAUCUUUUGAAAAUGAGCCUGAUCGUGUAAACCUUGAUCCCACUUUCAAGCUUAGCCCUACUGCCACUCCUCCUGUUUCAUUGAAAGCUACAGUUGUAGAGCCUCGUGGUGCUGAUCCCUUGAUACCCCCGUAUGACCCUAAAACCAACUACCUCUCCCCUAGACCACAGUUUCUUCACUACAAACCAAAACCACGAAUGGAACUCUGCAGGGAGAGGGACUUAGAGGAUAGCUUCAUAUCUGGAAGCUUUUCAGAUUCAGAAGUCACGGAGGAUACCCAAUCUGAAGGCUCACAGAAGGAAUUGGAUGUUUCUUCUGAUGAAACCGUUAAGGAAGAAGAGGACCAGAUUUCUGAACCAAGUCCUGCUAGGAGGACUUUCGUGCCAGAAGAAUCUGCUGAAGCAAAAGAGGUGCCGAAACCACGUUUCACAGUGAGAGCAAAGGCCAUUGCUAUGAUCUUGCUUCUUGCUGUUGCUUUUGUAUCGAUCGCAGUCACAGAUUCUCCUGUGAUUGAUCGAAAUGUGUUUGAAGACUUCUACAAGGUCUAUGAAUCUUCCGAAUUCUCAGUGUUUGCAAGAGCUAACAUUGAUCGGCUCACCCAGUUUGCAGGAACAAAUUUGGAUGAGAUAGCUCGAACUUCGCAAAUUUGGUUUACCAAGUUGUUGUCUUCCAUAUCUGAUUUCAUUUCAGAUGUUAGAGGAGCACACAAUUUGGCCAACAUUCAAUAUUAUAACUUGACGGUUCUGCAGGAUUAUUCCAUGGUGGAGCAGUACACUAUAUUUGGUCGUGGUGAAAAUGAAAUAAGUGAGACUCACGCACAAGUAUGGGACGCUGAAGAAACCGAUGCUGCCUCAAGUAUUGACAGUGAGGAUAUUGAGGAGGAACAUUAUGAGGUAUAUGAAGAACGAGUUCAGCAAGAUAUUGCAACAGUUACUGGAGUUGAAACUGUUUUGGAUGCUCUAGAGUCUGAGGAAGCACUCGACAUUGCAGAAUCAGAGCAACUGGCUGAAGCAGGAAACGUUGAUAUUGCAACAAUUGCUGGAGUUGAAAUUGUUUUGGAUGCUCAAGAGUCUGAGGAAGUACUCAAUGUGAUAGAAUCAGAGCAACUGGCUGAAGCAGGAAACUUGGAAGAUAAGCUGGUACAAGAAGCUGAGACUAGCUUAAAUGUUGAAGAUCAGCCUAGUUUGAAUUCAGAGGUUUCUGAAAUUGGAAUUGAAGCGCAUGACUCAGAUGCAACAAAUCAGGCACAAGAAUAUGAUUCUGAAGUCAAUGUCAACAAGCUAAGUGAUGCAAGUUUAGAUUCAGAUGCUGCCACCUUCAUUGAUGAUGUAGCAGAGGAAAAAUCAGCAACCAUAGAUGCUGCAAUCAAAGGGGAUGAAGUGCAAUUAGAAGCAGCUCACAUUCCUUCACAUGUGGUGCUGUAUUUGCUGCUCGGUGCUGGUACUGUUUUAAUUGCAGGUGCAGGUUUCAACUGGUCUAGGAAGGGGGGUAAAAGCAAAAGCAGAAGCUCUAACGAGCAACCUCUGGAGUUGCAUAACGUCUCUUUGCCAUCUAAGAACGAGCAGGUUUCUCCAGAUAAGUCAUCUGGACCCAUAGAAAUGGACGUGCUUGAAGAUUCAUGUCCUUCAGAAGCGAGCAGCUUCCACCAAAACUCAUUCUACAGUGAAAAAGUAGCGAAUGAAGGUCGCAGAUUAGGCCCUGAGAAGAAGCGCAAGAAUAACUACAGGAGAGAAUCUUUGGCAUCUUCUUCAUCAGACUAUUCCAUGGGAAGCUUAACUGUGUACGAGGAAAUUACAAUCAAGCAGGGACAUGGAGAUGAGAAGAUCAUCACUCCUGUUAGGCGUUCAAGUAGAAUUAGAAACCAAGCCACCUCUCCUUUAUAG